CACCGCUGGACACGAGGCCGGAAUUUCACUACCAAGGCCGCCAUUGCAUUGCGAUGGAUGCUUGCUUUCAUCGUGUUUAGUCUGGGCUUCAAGUAUAUUUUCGACAUGGCUAGUCAUCUGGGCACAAAGAAGCAAAGAAAAUCAAAUGCUGACUAGAUUUCCAGCGCCACCACCCCAGCUUCCCCUCUUACUCAGGCUCUAGCCCCUUCAAUAUUCCUGUGCAGGAUAUCUGCCAUUCCCUCCCAGUAACCGACCAUGUCAGCUUCGAUUUUAACACGGCCGAGAGCUCCGGCUUUGGCGUAUACCAAAUCGUCAAUACCACCGGCAGCAGCAAACCUCCCUGAGCCUGCCAACCCGGAGGAGCUCAUCGCCAGUCCUAUUCGCGCCGAAAUAGAACUGUCUUAUUCCGACCCUGCCUUGCGAGGUCUCGUUGACAUUGAAGGUUUACCCAAAGCGCUGACCAUCUCCGUUCCACCAACUGUGCCCGUUUCCAAAGAUGGCUGUGCCUUUGACCCCUCUGCUGCAGCAAGCCGCCCGCCGUUUUGCAUCAGUGUCAAUGUCGAUUUGUUGGUUGCGCCAGACGCCACGUUCAGCGAUUUUGCCAUUGUGUCCUCGUUCCUGGACCAGAUCUUCCUCCCGGGUCUCAACCUGAACGUCUCGAAUUCCACCUUUUUCAGCAGCAUUAGCGGCUCGAUCCUUGUGCCCCCUGCUUCCUCCUCUUCUUCCCACUCCUCCUCCAUGGCCCCCUGUCAUUCUUCCUCCUCAUCCUCCUCUUCCGGCAUAGCUGCCCGCACAGACGACGACAGCACUACCUUGUUUGACUCGCGACGCACCAUCAUCACCACCACGAGCGGCAGCAUCGAAGGUGCCUUCAAGCUCCUCGACCUUCUCUCGCUCCAGACCCACUCGGGCUCCAUCAAAGUAGACGUCUCCCCUCAAGACGCCGCCCCUGCUCCGGAACUGCCCAAACCUGCCGCCUUCUCCGCCAGCUCUUUAUCUGGCUCCGUCGAGGUGCGCUACCCCAUCAGAGCACUAGGCUCUGAAGUGCCAGCACGCAACUACACCGUGCACGCCGAGUCCAUCAGCGGCUCUGUCAGCGGCACCUUUUUCCACGGAGAAUAUACAUCUCUGAAAUCGAAAAGCGGACAUGUAGAAGCAUCACUGUUGCCCGUCAUUGUGACCGAGGGCAAGAAGUCGUUUUUGAGGACCCAAACCGUGUCUGGCUCGACCGAGAUUGAUAUCCAUGACCCGCUGUAUUUGCUUCCUGAUAGCGACACUACUACGAAUGAUGUCUCUGAUGUCUCUGAUGAUGAUGAUAAGGGAAAGUUCAAUGGUGAGCACGCGACUGUUUCGGGCUCCCUCAAACUGCGCUAUCCGGGCGAGUGGGAAGGCACGAUCACGGGCAGUUCCACCUCUGGCAGCCUGGACGUGCGUGGCAAAGGAGUCGAGGUGCAGAAGAAGACGGACCUGCCGUGGAGCCACCAGCUGGUGGCGAAAAAGGGUGAUGGAAACAGCCAUAUUGGCUUCCACACGACGAGCGGAUCGGUAGACCUUCUUGUCGGCGAGGAGGUAUAGAACAUUCAAGCAAGAGUUGCAUGUGGGAGAAAAGGAUGAAGAGAAAAUUGGAUUGAAAGAGGACAAACGGGGUAAGAGGUCAGAAACGGGAAAUUGUAUACUUAUGAUUCCUUUUGCCCCCGCACAUUCAUUUACCUGUUACUCAACCGAAAACAAUGACGACGUCACGAAAUUUUGACUAGUUUUUCAUUUGCACAUGCAACAAGUAUUAGUUCAGAAAGAAUGCAAUGCAAUGCAAUUAAUGCUAUCGACAUGAUAUUUUGUAGGAGCAACAUCAGC